AUGGAGCAAAAAUUGAAUAUUAAACUUUUUAUUAAAAUUUUUACGUUUAUAUUUUUAUGUAGGAUAUGUUAUUUUUACAAUUAUGUGUGUACAUUUAACAAACGUUUGGAUGAGAUGCACAAAUAUGGAAGAAAUGUGCAUAUGAGGACUUAUCGAUUAUUAGCAAAAUGUAAACAGGAUAAGGAUUCAAGUAUUAUAGGAUUAAAACAAAAUAUAACUAAUAAUGGAAAUAACGAAAAAAAUGAUAUAUGUUAUAAUGAAAAAGGGACCUCAACGAAAAAGGAACAGCCAUAUGAAAGUUCAUUAAUGAAUAGCAAAGGUCAUAAGGAAGAUUUGAAAAAUAAAUCUUGUAUAUUUGAAACAAAAAAAUAUUCUCAUAUGGAAAAGAAGAUAUUCAAAGAAUUAGAUUAUGUAGAUUUUCUUAAAAACAGCAAGACGCUUAAUGAUAAGACAUACAAAAAAAUAAUAGGAAAAAAGUUAGUAUUCAGAUUUUCUUUACCUGUAUUAUUGUUACUGUUUUUUAUAGCAGUAGUCAUAGCAGAAUUUUCACUGGGAUUUUCAGGUAAAGAUAGCUUACUGUUAAAGCUUGGUUUAACAAAGGAUCUUUUAGAAUCGUGGGCCAAUAAUGGUACUAUUUCGUCCAUUCUAGACACAUUAAAGAAGUUAGAGGGGUUUUGGAAGCACGGUACUUUUUGGGGAUCGGGAACGUCAUGUAGAGUGUGCACAACAACGGAAAUAGCUAGUGAGUGCGUAUUAGGACGAUUAUUAGGUCAUCUGAUAUAUUUCAUUCCUUUAUUUUUAUUAGGUAUUACUCUUAUAUUGGGAGUUGUUUAUUACCAUAAAAAAGUCAAAAAAUACAAAAAAAUUAAGUUUAGGAAAAGGUAA